AUGCUGUACGAUGAUGUGGAAGAGUACGGCUUCCCAUACCUGGUGUUUAGCAUGUUAGCGUUCUUGAUGUUCGUGGACUUUGGAAUCUAUUGGAUCCACCGGGGUCUGCAUAUCCCAAUUGUCUACAAAUACAUCCACAAACUGCAUCACAAGUGGCUAGUGCCCACCCCCUUUGCAAGCCAUGCGUUCAACUGGUUGGAUGGCUUCUCACAGAGUUCACCGUACCAUAUCUUCGUCUUCAUCGUCCCUCUGCACAAGACCGUUGACUGUGGUUCACCCGUCGCUCGCCAAUUGCUACCCUGUUGGUCCACGUAA